GAAGACUGCUUUUGCUGCUCUGAACCACUUUUUUAAAAAUUAUUUAAUUUUACAACAAUAUUGUUCCUUCCUAUUCAAACAUAUCCUCUUUAAAAAUAACAGCAACAUAUUUAGUUCUAUCAGGCUGUAGGUUUGAUUUGAAUCACAAUAGCUCCGGCGCCGUUUAGUAGUCUAGUAAUGUUUACACAAGCCGAGCUGCGGUCACCAAGCCGUUUUAUCGCAACUUCUUGACGCGUUUAUGCCGGCCGUCACACAUAGUCGUGUUUGUCAAAGGUGACGCUCCUCCAGGUGCAUGAGCCCUCUUGAGAACUUGCAGAGUCAUUUAUCAAGAAGUGGCGACAUUGUUUUUCAUAUAAUGGUAGUAAAGCUAAAUAUUUUGGAAUCUUUUUGUGGCGUUUAUACUUUUUAUUAUUGGAUAAAUGUAGCUCUGUCCACUGUUUUUCUGUAACGCCAAGCCAGGCCGCAUUACUCCUCACUUACGCCAGCCAUCACGUAAAGCUGGGGACAUUACGUUUCCGUCUCAACACGCUUCAUAAAUCAUUAUUGUCCGUGUUCGCGACACUGGAAGACAUUAUCCUUUAACUGUUUCCUUCCUCUUUUGAAAGAAUGUUCAAAUAUAAACACCAUUAUGGUAAGGCUGCGUUGUAUGGAAGUGCUUUGCUGGGUACCUUAUUGCUUGUGUGAGAGGCCCAUUAGGAUACCGAGGCACGUGCUUAACACACCUGUCAUGUUUGGUUCGGUUAGAAGGAACUUUGUUUGGAAUGCUUCAUCUGAAUCCUGGAGUGCACCAAAUAAGUUUGAGAGAUGGGUGUGAGCUCUGUUGCGGUUAGGUUGACUUGAGUGCAAAUGUGAACGCAACACGGGUCAAAGGCAAGGAGCAGUGUUAAAAUGACCGAUAUAUGUGUUGCUGUCGCUAUAUUUUUUCUAACAGCUGCAUCAUCGUAAUUAAUAAUGACAUAAUCCCCUUCCUGACAUCCUACAACCCAGCACCGCCACAAAUAGAUUGCAGUCCUGUGGGAAACAUUGGCCAGGUCCAAGUGAGCCUUGCCAGGGCAAGUUGCCAUCACUGCCCUGGCUGACAAGGCUCACUGGCUAUGAUUCAUCAGCUUGUGGGACGAGUGAUUGCAUUCAUUAAUCACCAUUAAUGAAUUAAUAGCCAUUUAUUUUGCCUUGUUAUUACGUGAAGUGUUUUUGACUCGGCUUGUUUUCAGUCUUGUUAUUCAUUGUUAUGAAUUGCCUGUGAAGAGCUCCACCAUAACGGUAAAGGUCAUCAAAAAGGAAAAUGUAAAGCUGUCCCAACUAACGAAUGAGCAACCAAUGACCUGCAAAGCAAGUCCGACCCGCAGCUCCGUGCACACAGUCUCUUAAUUGGGUCCCAGCUAAACUUAAUUGGUUAACCAAGAGAGAGUUUGCUUCAGGGAGCCUAACAGGUACUGUAUUCACACACACACACACACCUACACACACACACACACACACACUAAUGGCCAGUAAACACGGCCAGAGUGCAGACGCUCUUGUUUGUCAUGCAGGCGCCGCCAGCUAAAAGGUGUUAAAUGAUGCAUAUUUACAUCAGUGUCAUCAUGGGUAGGCUUUACAAGGCUUGGAAAAUAAACCCUUAUCUAAAACUUUUAUUCACAAUACAAUGCAUUUAAAUCCAAGACACGAAUUUUACUUGUUUUAAUAAGAUGAAUCACCAGAAGUGCCAUGACCAAUGGUUGUUGCGAUGCAGGGUCACAUGAUCCCAUCGCGGCACACCUGUGUGUAUCCGCGAGGGCCCCCUCCCUCCAAGUGGGGGCCAGCCACAGAGGAGAAGGUCCACGCAGGGGGCAAGGGACCUCCAGGUAGAGAGCAGCGAGCAGACAUGCAUCGGGACAUGUAUCAAACCCCGCAGGUGUUAAAAGACUCUUGUGUCUACCAGAGAUCACCGCAGGCGGCGGAGGACUUCAGCCCGCCGCCUUGCCUCUAUAUGAGUCGGCAGGUGCAGUCCGUCUACUCGGCACCCUCCGUGGGAGCUCUGGAGACCACUGCCAGCCUACCGGACGGCGACCCGGCAUACAGCCUCCCUCUGAGGGACGAUGUCGGGAUCCCGCUGCUCCACCACCACCAUCAUACACACCCGCCUCAAGGGCCCCAGCACCCUCAGCCGUUCCCACCCGUCGCGGCCUAUGUGGAGACGGAGGAGCAGAGCAGGUCUUACCUUCCUUUCCCUUGGAUGAAAACCACAAAGUCACACUCCCACGCCUGGAAGGGCCACCAGUGGACAGGUCCAUACGUGAUGGCGGAAGCCGAGGAGAACAAGCGUACGCGCACGGCCUACACGCGUGCACAGCUGCUGGAGCUGGAGAAGGAGUUCCUGUUCAACCGCUACAUCUCCAGGCCACGCCGCGUGGAGCUGGCGCUCACUCUCAGCCUCACAGAGAGACACAUCAAGAUCUGGUUCCAAAACCGCCGCAUGAAGUGGAAGAAGGAGGAGGACCGCAGAAGGACCAGGAUGGGAGAGCCAGACCAGGACUCGUCCGUCACAUCGGGGGACCAUGAUGGGGUGCCUUCGGCAGGGGUCUCGCCUCCACUUUCCCCUCAGAUGCACGGUCACGACCUCAGGAAACUUGCUGGACCAUGAGAAGACACUGCAUGGACCUUUUUCAUGCAGAUAAGAUGGAUUUCAUCAACAGGACCAGGGUUUUUUUCAUCGAUUGAAGUCAACUUUGGCGCACAAAAGACAUAUUUUAAUCUAUUUAAUGUAAUAUACCUUCCUUUUCCUCUUCUCUCACUUGUACAUAUUGUAAUCCACCAAUGUCGUACGUGCUGUGUAAUGACAGAUCUUAAGUAGUGGCGUUUCUAUCAUAUUAAAACAUUCAUUUACAUGAUCUUUCCAUGUAAUAACACAUGUUAGCUAGCAGAUAUCCACAAAUAGUUAGGUUUCAACUCUUGCUGCAAGGCAGAAUUCACAGGGCUCACUCAUGACUGCCCCUUGGUCAUUCAAAAAAAUUGUCACGUUAGCCACGCCCACUAGGCAACUUGUAAGAUUGACAGAGCUGGUCAACAGGAUUAGGAACACUUUUUUUUUACAGGCCAUGGCACACCUGAUUGCCUAAUGUGCUGUGGCAAAGUGGAUGGCAAUACCUGUUGAGAUAACUACUUAGCAUAUCAUGACUUAUGUUGGUUUAAGCAAUCUUAGUAAAAGUGCUCCGUGUAUGUGGACCUAUAGUGGAAAAAGUAAGAAAAUUGUAUUUAUGCAAAAUUAUAAGUUUUCACAAAGUCCUGAAGACACAGACAACAUAUUUUAUUCACCUCCUUGAUGCAGCGAGCUCUCGCUCAUCUGCUGGAAAAUGUUAGGUCUGUUGCUCAUGCGGAUGCAGAUGACAACCAGGAAACCAAACAGUCCUUGUAGUCCUCGUUGAGCCAUGCCAUGCUGGAGGCCUCAGUGCGUCCAAGUCGGUGUUGGCCUGCUCCACAUGGGACUGCCGAGUCAGGGUGUCAGCCUGGAUUUCCCAACCCAAGACGCCCAGGAUAAUUCAUCAUAAAAACUGGGCCAACAUGUAUUAAAAUGCUGCAUUGUUGUUGGCUUACCACCACAUUGCCAAAGACACUCACAAGGUCUUCAUAGGAAAUAUCAUUUACUUCACAAAAAACGACCCCCUGUGGAACUUUAUGCAGGUUAAUGAUGUAUUUUUAUAUGUGGAUUUGCUACCCCAUGAUUGAGAUGUGGGCAUGCACCGCAGACUCUAAGGUGGAACGUUGGAAUGCUGUUUUGACCUCUAAUUUGUUGAGAUUUCAAAUCAAAGGAUUUAAUAGAAACGUGAUAAAAUGGGAGAGCUCCUGUUGGCUCCUCCUCUUGAGUCACAAUAUUUUUGCCAAUGACCCAAGCAGAGCUGGGUAAUUUCCUCCUGCCCCCUGGUGUAAGAGGUGCAUACAUCCAUGUGUUCUUACAAAUACAUUGCAUAUAUGAUAGUAUACCAAUUAUCGAUACAGAAAGUAUUAUUUUCAUCUCAU